AUGUUUCUGCCUGAGGUACCGGCAAUAGGAAGAGUCUGCUUGGAGGCUAUGGGCCGCUGGUCUGCUUCGGGCAGGAGAAAUGGCGGGCUUGGCCUUCGUUGGAGAGGAGGAGCUAUAUACCACGAGGCACGUUCCGUAGUCGUCCAACGAGCACGGGCGAGCUUGUCCGACGGAGGCCUUAACCCGCGGUGUCGCAGGUGCAGCGCGGGCGGAUAUCCGAGUCGGCGGAGUCGGGCGUCGGGUCGCCGGUACCUGGACUAUCUUAAUAGGAAGAAAUACAGGACUGACAACGAAGAGGAUAUGCUAGAGAGAGAACAUAGGCAGGUGUGGCGAGGAGGCGUCUGUCGGUCUGGCGGGCGAGCGGACGCCCGGCGGAGCUGGGAGACGACGCGCGAGGGCAGGAGGAACUAA